CAUUUCGUGGCUCUUGGGUGUUUAGUUUGAAGGUGCAGUUACAGAAUAGAAUAUAAUAGAAAUCCCGACUAGUAAAUUACUAGAUAUUUAUUCAGAUUACGCUAUCAACUCACCACCAAACCCGUUGACACAGCAUCGCCCGGCAACUUCGAUCGCAGCAAAUUCCCUCUUCUAAAGCCUCGAUGACAAUUAGAAAUAUUAGCAUUUUCACUACAGAGUUUAUUAACGGGGAAGACGACGCUAGAUUUAGGAAAACACUCAUAAACCAUAGCUCUGGUUCUCCUCUCUAUGUUCGUAGCCUGUUAAAGGACAGCAGUGAGUACGCAUUUGCUCUGAGAGAUGCCCUCAGCGAUUCACAUCUUGCAGAUGUUAUCACAGAAGCUGGCGUUAGCGCAAAGAAAAAGACGAUAAACCUCUACCAGCCAGACAGCGAGGUUGGAUUAGAAUAUACGGGGACACUAAGCUUCGAGUGGACUACGUACUUUGAAGGUCACACCUUGCAGUGGUCGAAAGGGCUCCUCGGCAGUAUAUACUGCUCACUCAUACGCAAGCCAGAUCCCAGCGUUGAAGUAUGCAAAUACGUCCCUGGCAACAAGAAAUCUCCGCCGACUUUCACCAUUUUGGAUUACAACUUGGCCAGGUUCGAAUUGGAAGACAUCCGCGGUUUAGAGAUAGUUCUUCUUUGCUCAGUUUUUACAUUCUUAGACAUGCAAAACCAAGAGGUUGGUCCUGGAGAGCCAGCAAAGGAUGAGCCGAUGAUGACAUCAGCCGUGCCCAUCUCGGCAGCCCCUGCAGGUCCUGCUCUACCCGACCGCAAGCCUUCUCUUUAUGAGCACCCACGCUCAAAAUUACAAACAAUUGAUGCAAAUACGCUAAACAUUAGUCCUGACUUGGAUUUCGAAGGGCAAGUACGCAAAACACUCAAUAUGCUUGAUGGUAAUGUUUUCGUCACCUUACAUGCCCCUGAGAGCGCUGCCGUACAGACCGCAAUACGCGUUGCAGAAAGUGCAAAAAGGAGAUACAUGAAGAGACCAGGAGGUAUGCGCGACGAUGAGGAUCUUCAUCUCUAUGUGAUUACAGAUGACCUGCUAAAGGAUAGGCGGGUGUCGAAGGUCUACGUCCCACCAUCCACCUUAACGAUUCAUAUCUCAAAAUGGCAUAUGCCUGAACUUGAAGAAAAGCAGCAGCAGAAACGUAAGAUGAUGGAAGAUAGCGCAGACGAUAUCGAAAGCGACCCAAUAGAAAAUACCACGCGAGUCUCACGAGUGGUGCCUUCCCCGACUACGCCAACAAAUCCCCGGAUGAGCUUCAUUAAUUCGCUCAACAAACUACGAAGAGGCGUUGGGAAGGUUUAGCGGAACAUGUAUGCUAUUUAUGGACAAUCUUUAUUGUAAUUUUGUAUCUAUAUAAC